UCCGCCCGCCCGCCGCCGGCGCCAUGGCGGUGAAGGGGGCCGCGGCCGGCGCCGGGGUGCUCCUGGUGACGGCCAACGUCGGGUCCCUCUUUGACGACCCAGAAAAUUUACAGAAGAAUUGGCUUCGGGAAUUUUAUCAGGUUGUACAUGCACACAAGCCCCACUUCAUGGCUUUACACUGUCAAGAAUUUGGAGGAAAAAACUAUGAAGCUUCCAUGUCUCAUGUGGACAAGUUUGUUAAAGAAUUGUUAUCAAGUGAUGCGAUGAAAGACUACAACAGAGCUCGAGUUUACCUGGAUGAGAACUAUAAAUCACAGGAACACUUUACGGCUCUAGGAAGUUUCUACUUUCUUCAUGAAUCUUUGAAAAACAUCUACCAGUUUGAUUUUAAAGCUAAGAAGUAUAAAAAGGUUACUGGGAAAGAAAUCUACUCAGACACUUUAGAAAGCACGCCCAUGCUGGAAAAAGAGAAGUUUCCACAGGAUUAUUUCCCUGAGUGCAAGUGGUCCAGAAAAGGUUUCAUUCGAACGAGAUGGUGUAUUACUGAUUGUGCCUUUGACUUGGUAAACAUUCAUCUUUUCCAUGAUGCUUCCAAUUUAAUUGCUUGGGAAACAAGCCCAUCGGUUUACUCAGGAAUACGGCAUAAGGCUCUUGGCUAUGUACUUGAUAGAAUUAUAGAUCAGCGGUUUGAGAAAGUUUCGUAUUUUGUCUUUGGAGAUUUCAACUUUAGACUGGAUGCCAAAGCAGUAGUAGAGACACUAUGUGCAAAGGCUACAAUGCAGACUAUCCGGGCAGCUGACACAAAUGAAGUAGUCAAGCUAAUAUUUCGUGAAUCUGAUAAUGACCGAAAGGUUAUGCUACAAUUAGAAAAGAAGCUCUUUGACUAUUUUAAUCAAGAUGUAUUUAGAGAUAACAAUGGCACUGCGCUUUUAGAAUUUGACAGAGAGCUGUCAGUCUUUAAAGACAGAUUGUAUGAACUGGACAUCUCAUUUCCUCCCAGUUAUCCAUACAGCGAGGACUCUAGCCAGGGAAAGCAGUACAUGAAUACGAGAUGCCCAGCCUGGUGCGACAGAAUCCUGAUGUCCCACUCAGCCAAGGAGCUCAUUCUGAAAUCAGAAAAUGAUGAGAAGAUAGUAAUAUAUGACCACAUUGGGCCAAAUGUCUGCAUGGGGGAUCACAAGCCUGUGUUCCUGUCCUUUCGAAUAGCUGCUGGGGCAGGUAAACCUAUUGCAAAUGUGCACAAGUGUUGUGUCGUGCAGUGAUGUGGUGGAAAAAGAUGCCUACGAAAUGAGAAGAUUUUCCGUGAAACCACACUGUAGCAAGGAGGGGAAGGA